ACGGGGACUGGCAGGCAUAGCGGUGGAUGUGCGGCGUAGUAAAUGCGAUCCUGACGACAACGUUCUGCUUAUGAUAUCGCGGAGAAAAAAAACAGGGAGAGGCGGUGCUGGAACUGCUAGCGCAUAUCUUGUGGAUUAUUUCUAAACAGAUAUCUGAGAUUUUUGUCGUCGGGGAUAUGUGCAUGCAGUAGCUUUUUUUUGUAGUAUUUAUAUGUAAUUCUCAAAUCCACGGCGCAGAGUUGAAUGAGAUGAGCCUACUGGGUGGCUAUAAGAAAAAGACCUGCAGUUACGAUGGCUAUGAAUCUUUACAGUUGGUCGAUAGCAGCGGUAACUUCAAUAACGGGGGAGGGAGAGGCAGCGGAAUCGGCGGCGGCUCGGUAGCAGCAACCCUAGGAGGACCGAAGGCAGGCCCACUGCGCGAGGACGACUGCAGCACCAUGGACAGCUCAGGUCCUCCAUCUCCAGAUAUGGAUGCCAACUAUGGCGGAGGGCUGCUGGAUAUGGUGAAAGGCGGAGCUGGCAAGUUCUUCAGCAACUUCAAGGACAACCUGAAGGACACACUCAAAGACACCUCCACUAAAGUCAUGCACCAGGUGGCCACGUACACAAAAGGAGAGCUGGACAUUGCCUACAUCACAUCACGAAUCAUAGUGAUGUCAUAUCCUGCGGAGGCGUUGCAGAUCGGCAACCAGAACCAUGUGGAGGACAUCCGCUCUUUCCUGGACUCACGGCACGCUGACCACUACACCGUCUUCAACCUGUCACAGCGCAACUAUCGCGGCGCCAAGUUCUCCAACCGGGUCUCGGAGUGUAACUGGCCGCCCCGCCAGGCUCCCAGCCUGCACAAUCUGUUUGCGGUGUGUAAGAACAUGCACAACUGGCUCAAACAGAACCCCAAGAAUGUGUGUGUCAUCACCUGCUCGGAUGGGCGUGCUCCCUCGGGUGUGCUGGUCUGUGCCAUGUUCUGCUUUUGCCACCUCUUCAGCAACCCAGUGCCCGCCAUGCAGCUACUCAGCGCCAAGAGACCCGGCUCAGGCCUCUGGCCCUCGCACCGGAGGUACAUAGGCUAUGUGUGCAGUAUGGUAUCAGAGAAGCCCUCCCUGCCCCACUCAAAGCCCCUGGUGGUCAAGGCGGUCACCAUGAGUCCAGUACCCUGCUUCAACAAACAACGCAUCGGCUGCAGACCUUUCUGUGAGGUCCUCAUAGGGGAGACUAAGAUCUUCUCUACAGCACAGGACUAUGAGAGGAUGCGAGAGCACAGGGUCCAGGAUGGGAAGGUGAUCUUCCCUCUCGGUGUGAAUGUCCAGGGUGAUGUGGUCAUCGCUGUCUAUCAUAUGAGAAACACCAUAGGAGGACGACUGCAGGCCAAGGUGUCCAACACCCAGAUACUCCAGAUCCAGUUCCACACAGGCUUCAUCGCUCCAGGGACAAGCGUGUUAAAGUUUACAAAGCCGGAACUGGAUGCGUGUGACUCUCCAGAGAAGUACCCGCAACUGUUCCAUGUGUUGGUGGACAUUGAGGUGGAGGGUACAGACAAGCAGAAGGACCUGACCCCUCCCUGGGAACAGUUCCCUAAUAAAGACCUGAUCCCCAACGUACUGUUCUCAUGUCACCAAGAGCACCAGGACGCCCUCGCCAUCGCAGAUGAGAUGGAGGGACUGGACUUGGAGGAGCCAAGCCGGUCCCACAGUGGUUCAGACAGUCGCCCUCACGGGGAGGACAGUGAGCCGUCUGAUGAUGAGAUGCUGUCCCUGUCCAGCCAGCAGAGCAAUGCUAGCGGAGAGCGACACGGAGGGGCUCAGGCUGGCCCCAGGGGCCCCAAGAGACCAGAGCAGCCUCAGGCCCUCGCCACUGCUCCUCCUCCCCCCAGAAGAAAUGGACCUCCUGGGCCUGGAUGGGGCUGCUGUGAACCCCCCCUGCCCCAAACCCCAGCCCCCCACCACCAACACCACCACGGACCUCCUGGGGGAUCUGUUUGGAGCCUCCCCCCAGCCCCCGCCUGGGAGUGGAACCGCCUCGGCCCAGUCCACCCCCCCAGAACAUUCGACCCAUUUGGGGCGGGUCCGAUGCCCAAGCCCCAGGAGCUGAUGGGUUCCUUCCGGGGUCCAGCAGGUAACCUUGGUAACCGGGGGCUGCCUGCCCCCCUCCUGCAUGCAGCUCGCUCUCCGUCCCCCACUAUGCAGAACACUGGCAAGGGACGGAGCUCCCCAGUCCCGCCCACCACCCCUGUGGUCACCAUUCAGCAGCCUCCCAACGCCAUGGGAGGAUGGGACUGGAACAAGUCUGCAGCUCCAGGAGGGGGUUUUGGUAUGGGCAGUAGGUCAGCCAGCACCAGCCCUACCGGAUCAGUCCACAGCACCCCCACACACCAGGUCAAACCCAAGACCCUGGACCCAUUCGCUGAUAUUGGAAACCUGGGGGGCAGUCUGGGAGGAGGCUCUGGCUUCUCCAGUAAGCCUACCACCCCUACAGGCACCACCCCUGCCUUCCCACCCAUGGGCUCCCCUUCACGGCCUCCUCCCUCGCCCCAGCACGGUGGGGGCUGGCAGGCUAACACAGGCUUCCCCUCGUGGCAGCCCGGUGGGGGCGGUGGUGGAGGGCAGGCAGGGUGGCAGCCCCAACCCCAGGGUCAGGGUGGCCCACCCUCCCAGCCCAAACCCAGCCCCAGCCACUCCAUGCCGCACACCUCCCCCUCCAACAGACCCAACUACAACAUCAGUUUCUCUGCCAUGGGAGGAGGGGCUGCUCCCAAUGCAGCCGGGAAACCACAGCCCAACAUGGGUACCAAGCCCAAAGUUGCAACGGCUAACUUCGAUGACCUGCUGUCUGGCCAAGGUUUUGCUGGAGCCAAAAAGAAGGAAGGUCCCAGGACAAUAGCAGAGAUGAGGAAGGAGGAGAUGGCUAAAGAGAUGGACCCCGAGAAACUCAAGAUUCUGGACUGGAUCGAGGGGAAGGAGCGUAACAUCCGGGCCCUGCUGUCCACCAUGCACACGGUGCUCUGGGAGGGGGAGACCCGCUGGAAGCCUGUAGGCAUGGCUGACCUGGUGACCCCAGAGCAGGUCAAGAAGGUUUACCGCAAAGCCGUGCUGGUGGUCCAUCCAGACAAGGCCACGGGACAGCCCUAUGAACAAUAUGCCAAGAUGAUUUUUAUGGAACUGAAUGACGCCUGGUCAGAAUUUGACAGCCAAGGACAGAAAGCACUCUACUGAGCUGAUAGCAAAAGAGAGAAAGCGAGACAGGGUCCGUGCCCACCCACCCCUGACCCCUGACCCCUCCGUGAACAAUAAUCAAGCUCCCACCAGAUCUGUGACUCCCGUCUCCUUCUCUUCUCUUUACUGUCCCGUGGACUCCUUCGAGACCUCGCCAGACUAACAGUGUAACCGUGUCAGAAAAAGAUCUGCCUAUCAUAUGUAUCUGGUGGCAGCACUGUCCAACAAGAACUGUUCAAUGCUGUCCCUACGUGUCCUAGUCCUGAACCAAGCAACGCAGAGUCAUCCAGCUGUCUGUGGAGACACAUCACCAAACAGCGAUACUGUCCACCUAAUACACCCGGACACAGGUGAUAACGACACGCCUGUGGUCACAGUGUGGUUAGUCACAGGUGAUAACGACACGCCUGUGGUCACAGUGUGGUUAGUCACAGGUGAUAACGACACGCCUGUGGUCACAGUGUGGUUAGUCACAGGUGAUAAUGACACGCCUCUGGUCACAGUGUGUUUAGUCACAGGUGAUAACGACACGCCUGUGGUCACAGUGUGGUUAGUCACAGGUGAUAACGACACACCUGUGGUCACAGUGUGGUUAGUCACAGGUGAUAAUGACACGCCUGUGGUCACAGUGUGUUUAGUCACAGGUGAUAACGACACGCCUGUGGUCACAGUGUGGUUAGUCACAGGUGAUAAUGACACGCCUGUGGUCACAGUGUGUUUAGUCACAGGUGAUAAUGACACGCCUGUGGUCACAGUGUGGUUAGUCACAGGUGAUAAUGACACGCCUGUGGUCACAGUGUGUUUAGUCACAGGUGAUAACGACACGCCUGUGGUCACAGUGUGGUUAGUCACAGGUGAUAAUGACACGCCUGUGGUCACAGUGUGUUUAGUCACAGGUGAUAACGACACGCCUGUGGUCACAGUGUGGUUAGUCACAGGUGAUAACGACACGCCUGUGGUCACAGUGUGGUUAGUCACAGGUGAUAAUGACACGCCUGUGGUCACAGUGUGUUUAGUCACAGGUGAUAACGACACGCCUGUGGUCACAGUGUGGUUAGUCACAGGUGAUAAUGACACGCCUGUGGUCACAGUGUGUUUAGUCACAGGUGAUAAUGACACGCCUGUGGUCACAGUGUGGUUAGUCACAGGUGAUAACGACACGCCUGUGGUCACAGUGUGUUUAGUCACAGGUGCUGUGUAACAGCCAGGAUAUGACUGUAUGAACUAUAAUCGCCAAGGAAGAUGUUUUAUCUAUGUUUUACUGUCAAAUAACAACAAAAGAGACUCAGUGUUUGUAAAAAGCACAACUGGCUGGUUCUUGUUUUUAGAAACGUGCAGUACGUCAUUAGGUUAGUCUGGUGACUCGUCUGCAGCCUAUAGUCACUCUAAAGGUACUCAUUCGCGUCUUUACAGCCACUGUCCGGUGUCUACAGUCUCAUAGGAACCAGGGUGUAAAAUAUAUCAUAGAAUAAUUCCAUAUCACACUACUGUACUUAUCUAAGAACCAAACUGCUGCUGCUAGUGUCUCCAUGGGGCUCAUCAACGCCAUUAGUCGUGUAUUUACUUUUAAUGAUGUUAACUUAUUCCCUUGUACUAUCGGAUGUUUGUGUCAUACUGUGACGCUUAUGUUUAUGUCGAUCCCUCCCAAAGAAGAACUGGUGUUUUAUUUUGGAGAAUGCUCCAGUGAGGUACAGUGGGGGGUCUUUUUCUGUCCCUCUGCUGUCUCUCUCGGAAGCCCGUUGACCCACGAGUGAACUGGCGUUUUAAUCCAAGGCCACAUGUCACUGAUGUCGUUUGCAGACGGGUGUUUCAAAAUAUGGGAUCUGGUGUAGGACAGAUAACACAUCAAGCAAUGUUAUGUUCAUGUGCUUCAGCUAAGAGCCCCCCCCCCCCCCCCCCACCCGUUUGUUUGAAGCAUAUAUUUUCUGCAUGCACUGACUGGGACCACUUAUUGAAGACUUGGACUUUAUUUUACUGCAUAUGGUGGCACAUCAUUUCAUAAUACAUGCUCACGAUACUGGCGUUUUGUCUGACUACUAUCCAGACCCCAACAUGGAGCCAUCUAUCCCUCAUCUGUGUGUCGGCACUCUGAAAGGAUUUCAUACGAUACCUGACAUGUACAACCAUGUCUUAACAUACCGAAAGCUGCAUAUCAAUGUUUCAGCAGGGCUUGUUCUCUCUUAUCUGUGUGGACCAUUUCGCUAAACGAGAACAAGAGAGACACUGCACAGCUAUUUCAUCUGAUACAACCACUCACUUGUGUUUUUUUUCUUCUCUCUGCUUGUACACCGACACUGUCAACCCUUUUCCUGGGUUCCAUCCUUUGUGAAAUGGCACCGCCUGGGUUGUGGACUAACGUGUGCACUGACUGACCACUGAGCAGUGCAGAACUAAAGAGACUGUCUGUGCGCUGUAGGCUAUGAUGCUUUUUCUGGUGACUAUACCAAUGGCAGGAGUUGUGGCUGUGUAGUAUGUAUGUAUGUAUGUACAGUAUGUAUGUACACUGAGGUUGUGUGUGUGUGUUUGUGAGAUAAGCCCUAUAUGCUCCCUUGCUGAUUGAAAUCUCUGUCUACCUGCAAUCUUAAGGCAAUGUUAAAACGCUAAACCUCUCUAUAUAGUGGAUGUGUGUUGUUGAAACCGCUGCACGUACAUGAGGAUGUGGUACGACUUGGAUACAACUACUGUGCGUGUUUGCUUGUCUGCUGUAAAAGCAUUACUACUAAAAAGUGUUGACUUCUG